AUGUAUUACGAAGAAAACCCCAACCCACAGGCUCUCCAAAGCCAAAAAAGAAAACAACAGCAAAAGAAAAUCUUAUUAGUUCUUCUCCUUUUAGCUGCCGGUACUUAUUAUUACUUUAUGGUUUACCUACCUGAGCAAAAAAUCAAAGCCUUAGAAGACGAACUCCAAGCCGAUAAAGAAGUAAGGAAAAUUUCUAACGUUCUGGUUGGUCGCUACAAUGAAGAUGCUAAAUCAUUCCCUGAUGGAGACCAAAAUAAAGAUUUCCAUUUUUCCCGAGCAGGUGGCUACGAUAUUUAUUUUCCUCCUUCUCUCAAAGAAUUCUAUGAAAUGGGAGAAAAAGCCAAUCAGAGUUGUAAACCCAAUCCAGCUACCAAGAAAGACAACAACGCUAUUUUCUUUGGUGCCCCAGGAACCGGCAAAACAGCCACAGUGAAAAAAAUCUGUAUCGAAGCUGACGAAUGCCCUUUGGUAAUACUUAAAGGCUCAUCCUUAACUCCUACUAAGCAAGAUUAUGAUGCCGGUAUUGCUCCUUUGCAGAAAUUUGUUUACACUAUCAGUGAACUGGAAUGGAAACUAGUCAAAACUUAUGGAUUUGAACGAGAAACGAACGGAGAAAUCCGCUAUAUUCUCUUUGUUGAUGAAUGCGACCAAAUUAGCAAUAACUCUUUAAUCCACGAUCCAAAUAAACUAAGAUUUUUAAAAGAACUUUUAGAAGGCAAUGUUGAAAAUGCCACCUAUCGAGAAGGAAGAUUGAGUAACCCGCUAGAUUUCAAAAACGAUACUCUAAACGAAGAAGACAAUAACAAUAAUCCUGAUGGCAUCCUUAAAGAAGAAAUAGAAGCAGAAGACGAAAAUGGUAAUAAGUCAACCGAAACGGAAGAAACCGAAAUUGAAAUUGGCGAAUUCUUGCAGUUUUUUUGGCAAACGAAAGAAAGUGGACAACUAGCUAACUAUGAUGGCGGUUUUGAAUCUCCCCGGAUACCAAAAGAAGCCGAAGUAUUAAAUGACAAUCUGCCAAACUUAGGCGGAAUAGUUGACAUGUUAGCACAAUCUUCCAAUGCUUUAAACACUAAUUUAGAAAAUUUGGGACAAAGAGUUGAGGGUUUGCAGCAACAAAUUCAAACAGCAGCUAUGAAUAGCCAAAAUAACAAUGUCGGAACAGUUAUUUUGACCGCUGGUGCUGCCGUCCUCACCGGCGGAGCUAGCAUUGGCAUCCAAGCCGCCUGUAUCGGAGGAGCAUUUUUAGUCGGUGCUUCUAUUGAUGCUGACAAAAAAAAGCGAGAAAACGAAAACAAGCAACUAAAUCUCAAAAGCGAAGUUUCCAAAGAAAUUAGGGAUGAAAUCAAUAAUUUGCAAGACGAAAGAAGUCAAUUAGCCAGCCAGCAAAACACUAUUGACCAACAAGUCGCUCAAAAGCAAAAUAGAUUGAAUGACCCUAACGUUUCUGAACACGAAAAAGCCCAAAUUAGAAGCGAAAUAGCCGCUUUGAUGUCAAGUAGAAGCAGUGUGGAACAGCAAAUCAAAAGUUUAGACGAUAAAAUUAAUGCUUUACUCAAGAAUGCCCAACAGACAAUCACUGGUGGAGGUGGAUUAGCCAACCUAGAAAUAGAUUAUCAAACCAAGUUAAUUAUUGCUGCUGUCGUGUUUUUGGUUAUUUAUUUUUUGCUGAUUAAGGAUAAAGAUAGGUAG